AUGUGGGUUCACAUCCACAAGUCCAUGGGCACGUUCAUUUAUCCUCGAGCGGAUUGGUUGGCGCUGCUGAACGGGGAGAAUUUGGUCCGGCCGAGUUUCAAUGGAAAUUGGUGGCCGCACGACACCCCUUCGGGCGCGAACAAGCGCGUGAGUUGUCAGGACAGGUCCAGUUGGUUUGAUUGGUCGAACGCCACCUGGGGCCAGAUCGAGCAUACAAUCGGUGACGACGAUUUAUGCCACAAUCAAUUUAAUUAUGGCAUUUUCAUCCGGGAUCCGAAUGACCUAGCCAUCUCCAAGGCGAGUUUCGAGAAUUACACUGCAAAUGAGACGCUUGCUUCAUUGAGCUGCCUUCUGGAUGCGACUGGCGACUUGAACAGAGCACAAGGUUGCAAUCAUGCAGCCCACAAGAAGCACGAUUGGAGACUAUGGUGGUUUUGGGACAACUUCCUCGUACGCACGCUCGGCGGUGAGGAGAUCUGGUCGCUUCCUGCGGGGGGGGUCACCGAGGCUCAUGUGCAGAAGGUGAUCGCGCGCCUGUCGAAGUUCGACGCCGUGCUGUUCAUGGAUGACUUCGAUCACACCGAGUACCUCAAGAGUACGAUCGGUUGGCACCCGAAGCAUUACACGAAAGCGAAGCGGCAUAAGAACAAGGCCAAACACGUGGUCGAGCUGACCGACGAGCAGGCUGAAAUUGCCAGGCACACGAACAGAUUCGACUACAUGGUUCUCGACCAUUUCAGGCAAAUUCCCAUGCAGGUGCGCAUCCGGAAGUUCCAGUGCCUCCUCGCUUGGGGCAUGGACUACGCCAGGUGGCGCGACUGGACCGGACAGGAUGUGGCCGCUUACGUCUCGGCGUUUGCAGAUCUGCCCCAGUACUCCAAGGCCAUAGCGCAGAACAUCUCAGGCCCCGCGCUCGAGCGGCUCCUCGCGGGCGGCACGGUGGGGAAGGGCCUCGCGCGCGCCGGCAUCUGCGAUCUGGGCCACCAGAAGAAGAUCGGCGCGGCAUUCGCGAAGCUCUCCAAGGAGGAGAGCCAGAGGCGCUCAAGGAGGAGCUCGCCCAGCUGCGCACGAGCGACACCAGACCUAUCGUCUACCCGCCCGUGCCCAAGGCCGACCUGA